AUGAACAUUUUUGCUGAAGCUUUGGAAAACAUGCAAAGUUAUGUCAAAUUCCUGAAAGACAUCUUAAAUAAGAAGAAGAAACUGGAAGAUUUUGAAACAGUGGCACUUACUAAGGAGUGCAGCGUAAUAAUUCAGAACAAGCUUCCACCAAAACUUAAAGAUCUAGGGAGUUUUUCUAUAACUUGUACUAUUGGUAGAUUUAAAUUUACUAAAGCUUUAUGUGAUUUGGGUGUAGGUGUUUCAAUCAUGCCUUUGUCAAUUGCUGAGAAAAUUGGACUUAAUGAGAUACAACCUACCACAGUUUCUUUGCAAUUAGCAGAUAGAACAAUCAGGCAUCCUGUUGGGAUUAUUGAGGAUGUAUUGGUUAAAGUUGGGCAUCUUUACAUUCUGGUGGACUUCAUUGUGCUUGAAAUGGAAAAAGAUCAAUAA